AUGGAAGAACCUCACGAUGUUUUUGAUUGGACAUUUCCAAUGAUAUUUAAAUCAAUAGAAACAAAAAUAAAGUUUACUCACGACAUAUUAAGAGCUUUUGAACAGUUUCCUUCAGAAACGAAACUUAAUUGCGAUGAUUUUUACUCAAUUAUUUCAUUAGUAUGCGCAGAUGUACCAUACAAUUUCAUCGUAUUCGUAUGCGAAUGCGUUGACCCAUCAAUAUCAUCAGGAACUAUUAUGUCUCAUAGAAUUCCAUUUGGAAAUUUUUUACUUGCAUUUCCAUGCUGCAUUAUAUACCCAUACUUCUUACACGAACUUCUUACAUUAUUCAAAACUGAAGAUACUCUCAGAAGAGGCAUUAUUAAUCGCGAUAGAUUUUUAGAUAUCUUAAACCAAAUUUACACACGAUUUUUCCCUCCAGCACCAGAUCCAAAAGAUAAAAGUGGAAAACCUCCUGAAGCUCCACAGUGCAAACUCGUUGAAGAAUCAAAUGGAAAUGAAAAACGCUAUCCAAUGCCAGAUAUUGUAGAUGAAUUCGAAAAGGCUACAGAAGAACUCGGUAAAAGUUCUGUCCAAACAUUACUUUUUGUUAUGUGGCAAAAAGAUAUCAUUUUAUUACAAUGCAAGGAGAGAUUAGGCAUACCUGACGUUCAGGAAUUCCAACCACUUUAUGAAGCCAAACCAAUGGAUCCAGAAGAACCGAAUGAAUCUCCACAAGAGACUCUAAUUAGAGAUGGAGAAGAAGUUUCAACAACAGAAGCACCUCCACCACAAGACCCAGCACAAGUGACUGAAGCAGAGACAAUUGAUCAACAAAAUUUGAGACAACAAGGAUUUUAA